UAUCCAUAAGGAUCGCAGGUGUGACCAGCAGAGGAACUGUCUAGAUGGAUCAGAUGAAAAAGAUUGUGGUAGGUAGAUACAUUCAAAGUAAAUAUGUGAUCAUAUGUUAUCUGUAUUUUUUUUACAACCUUUACCCUCCCCUUAGUGGACUGUAUAAUGUCCCCGUGGACAGCCUGGAGUGCCUGCAGCGUGACAUGUGGUCUUGGGUCGUUGUUUCGGCAGAGGGACAUAUUAAGGGAGGCUCUGGCUGGAGGAUCCUGUGGUGCUGCUCAGUUUGACAGUCGAGCUUGCUUUCCUCAAGCAUGUCCAGUUCAUGGUCAUUGGUCUGAGUGGACAGAAUGGUCAGUGUGUAACGCUCUGUGUGGAGGAGGAGUCAGACAGAGGAACCGAACCUGCUCAGCUCCACCUCCAAAGAAUGGUGGGCGUGGCUGUGCGGGCAUGAUCCGGCAGAGCCUUAGCUGUAACAACCAGCCCUGCACCACUGGCACCGAAGCCACAGGCUGUGCCAGAGGCAUGGUGCUGGUGACAAAGGAAGACUGCCAGGCUGGAAGAGUUGACCUGUGUUCCUUCACCUGCUUAGAUCUCAACAAGGCUAACUGCACUGCAGCAUGUACAGUGGGUUGUCGCUGUCCCUUUGGCUUGUACCUGCAGGGGGGGCUGUGUGUAAAUGCCAGCCAAUGCAUCUGUCACUGGGAUGGUGAAACAUUACAGCCAGGACAGGUGGUCAUCAGAGACCAGUGCACCACAUGCAUGUGUGAAGAUGGACAAGUCAACUGCAACACAUCCCGCUGUUUGCCAACCUGCACCUGGUCUGUCUGGUCAUCAUGGUCACCAUGUCUUGCAUCCUGUGGUGUUGGGCUACAGCAGCGCUACAGGUGAGCAGCUUUCCUGAACAAGAUUCUGUCCAAGUUUCAGCCAUCAGCUGAUCAUUUCAGGUGAAUGUGGAGGUG